AAAGCAGAAAAAUAAAUGAAAAGUAUCCUCCGCCAUAACUGUCCCUAAAUCUCGCACGUCACAUUCUCUCCAGAAACUCCUUCACUGCCUCAAUCAUCCUUUCAUUCUUCUCCCUACACAGUCUCAGCAGCACUACUAUCCAUUCCAUUCCGGAUUUUCAUUCCUAGUAUACCGUAAUCAGUUAGAAUCACUUGUGUAAUUUCUCUCCCGUCUCUCUCAUACCUCUGACACUCAAGCCAUUUUCUCACAUCCCAUUCAAUUCCCACUCUGCCUCCUUGUCGCACAGCCAUUCUCAUUCUCCAAGUGACUUGUAAUCCACUCAUGUAUGUCAUUCUCAUGCACCUCUUCCUCCAUUUGCUUCCACUUUCAUUUCACGGAUACAUCUUUCUUGCUAUUCUUGCAUUAUCAAUUUUCUCAAGCAUAAUCUUUUACCGAAGUGUCGCUUUUGUUAGUUUCCCCAAUCGACCUACCCACCAUGCCUAUCUUUUCAUUCUUUGCCUUUUCACACCAUUCGGACUCACCCACAUCCCUAUUUCUUGUACCUGUUUCAACUCAUUCUCUCCAGUUCUCCAUGCCGCAUUAUUUUCAUCCUCUGACCUUUUCACAAUUAUUACCAUACUUUUCUCACUGCUUAAACCUAACUCCAAAAUCUCUUCCAUAUCCAUCUACAACAUCCAGCAAACUUUGGAGCUCAUUCUGUUGAUUCACUCAUAACUACUACAUCAUCUGCAUAAAAAAAAAAAGCACACAUAUCUAAUCAUUCCCCACGCUCCUGCUUUCAUUCUUCUCAAUUUCUCAUUCUGGCUGCUAGCUCCUCUGUAUACAAGCUGAAAAGGGUUGAUGACAAUAUACAUCCUUGCCUAACUCCUCUUUCACUCUUCACCCAGUCUGUUUCUAAAGCUCCUAGUCUGUAUUUAGCUCUUGUGUCAACAUACAUGCUGUGCACUAUGUUGACUAUCUUUGCAUUCAACCCAAUUUAACUACUUAGCGGCAUUUGCUGACCAAGACCGAGAUGGUACAUAGUCCGACCGGCAACCCUGCUUAGAGCUGAAGCGUGAUAGUUUUCUCGAAGGGAAGGGUAGUAGGUGUUCGUGACGCAAUGGCUAGCAGUAAUGGAAACCACACAGGCGCCACGACUAUUAGGAUUGGAUCACGGGAGAGCGAGAUGCAGUAUACUGUCAUAGCUCCUACACAAGAACAAGUGUCAAGUGUAUCUCCUACACUUAGUGUGUGUAGGAGAUAUCCUGUGUCUUUCUGGCCCUGAAGCAGACACACAUAGUGAGGGAUGCCCUGCAGAAAGCUCACCCACAUCUCAAGUUUGAGAUCAUUACGAUGAAGACACAUGGAGACAAGAUCCUGAAUGUUGCACUCUCCAAGAUUGGUAGCAAGAGUCUCUUCACUAAGGAGUUGGAAAUUGCUCUAGAGGAGAAGCAUGUAGAUAUAGUCGUCCACUCCCUUAAGGAUCUUCCCACCACCCUGCCUGAGGGGAGGGUGAUUGGGGCAGUGUGUGAGCGUGAGGACCCCAGGGAUGUUGUCAUCAUGCAUCCCAAACACCUGGAGGCAUCACUGGCCACACUCCCUAAAGGGUCUGUCAUUGGUACAAGCUCAGUCCGUCGUGCUGCCCAGCUGAAGCGAAAGUUUCCUGACUUGGUGUUUGAAAGUGUGAGAGGGAACCUGAACACCAGGUUGAGAAAGCUGGAGGAAGGGGACACCUAUCAUGCCCUCAUUCUGGCAGCUGCUGGGGUGAUGAGGAUGGGAUGGGAGGACAAAAUCUCACAGUACCUUGAAGAGGAUACAUGCAUGUAUGCUGUAGGUCAGGGGGCACUGGCAGUUGAGUGUCGGGAGGAUGACUCCAGCACUGUGGCUCUGCUGUCCCCACUGGGCCACCUCAACACCACUGUGGCCGUCAUUGCAGAGCGUGCCCUCAUGUGCACCCUGGAGGGAGGCUGCUCUGCUCCUGUUGCUGUGCACACCAAGGUAACUGAGGACCAGCUGAAUUUGCAGGGUGGUGUGUGGAGUCUGGAUGGUAGUGAGGAGCUUCGCCACACCAUGUCCACCCCACUGGCUGAACCUGAUUCCUCCUCAGACUCACUGGAGCAGCCAGUCAAGAUGGCUAAAGUGUCCACCACCCCAUACACUGGAGUGGUCUCCCGUCAGGGCCUGGACCAUUUUAUGAGUCAGGCACAUAAUCUGGGUGUGAAUUUAGCCAAACAUCUACUUAGUGCAGGUGCUGAUAGGAUUCUACAAGCUGCCAAAGAACAAAAUAAUGCUAAUUUACCUUCUAACAAUCCUAACUUGCCACCUAGCAGUAGUAAUGGGCAGAAGAAGGAGGUGGAGGUUAAUGACUCUUAGUGAAAGCUUGUAAUGAUGGCACUUAGUAUACAGUAGACCUGCAAGUUAAGCAAAUUUGUGGUUUGCAAAUUUGGAUUUAAUUCCAGGCAGCAAUAAGAUCACAGAUCCAGAUUUCAUGUUUAGCAACAACUGGGGCAGUAUUAAAGAUUCUUAAGUAUAGAGGUUUGCUUCAGCCCAACCUUUUUGCUUAAUGUUGUACUUAACUUUGCAAGUCAUGCUGAGCUUAGUGAUUAAGGCACCAAACACUUAAGACAGGUCCAGAGGUUGCUUAACCUUCUGCUGUAGGCUAAACCUUGGCUAAGGAAGCAAAGAUGGCUGAGUGUUGAGCCUGAGCCUGCCACCUCAAGAAUUAUCAUCCCUGCAAGGAUGUUCUUGGUGACCGGAGUGACUCUGAACUCUUGAAAAUAUAUAGAAUAGACUUGCAGGAAUGUUACUUGUAACAGAUUUAGCAGGAGAUGCCUUGGAGAGCCCCACAGGAAGGAGUGAUGCAUUGAUGCAAGCAAUUAAAGUAAUAAUUACAGUAUUAUUUAGCCAGUGGGAAAUGCAGCUCUGCAACAGUGAUGACCUUGGGUCUGCCUGUGUCCUGUUGUUACCAUUUCUCAUUUACUUUCAUAGUAAUAGGGGCUCAUGCAACUUUUUUGUGCUGCUGAAUGAAGGCCUUCAGGCUACUUCUUUCCUCAUGUACUGACUGAACAAGGAACAAAAGCCUCAUUAUUGGUCCAGCUGGUUUUCCUCUGUUGGCUUUUUUUGGCCUUGGGGGUCAUCAUCUCUUCUAUACUGAAGAAAAGGACAGAAAAGGGGAGCUGCUGAGUGGGAUUGGCACAGCCCUUCUGGCUCAAGGUUGUAAACAUUGAGACAAAAUACUUGUGCCUUGUGCGGGGUCUAAUUUGCUUUUAAAAAAUACACAAUCAUGCACUUAUAUUAUCACAGAGCAAAGAUAAAUUUUUUGUUAUUUAACCCACAUAUUGAAAAAAUUUGUACUAUUAGUGUUAAAUUGAAGAAUAUAAGAUUUUAUGUUUUGCUCUUUCACCAUUUCAUACUGGGGCUUAAGUGCUAGGCUCAGCCCAGCUUUAAACAUGCAUAGGAUAUAAACACAAAGGAAAGCAGAAGGUUAAGAAUCUUUGUUAAUGCUGUCCCUGGUGCUCAGGACCAAAACCAAUAAUGGUGGGUGCAAACAGCCUCUCAGUGCCCAUUACAUAUGCACUAGAUAACAGGAAAACAGAGUUGUUUGUGUACUUCAAGAGGUAGACAAUAAUGAGAGAUGGUGAAAGCUGUAAGUCAGUGCAGGCAGUGAGGCAGCAAGAGGUGCAAGCCAUAGUGGAGGAAGAAGUAGAUAGAGAAAAUGAGGAAAUGUAAAUGAGGCAGACACCAAGAAGCCACCACUCUUUUGAGCUCAAAAAUCUACUUUUCUAGACACAUUAGGCUUGUUGAUUCAUUGAAGUUGACUGUAAAGUUGCAAACUUGUGAGUUUCCCCUUGAAAGAACAAAACUUGACUAGUAGUACAUCCAGGUAGUUUGCAUGAGAACUGAUCCUGUAGACUAGUCAGAGUUGAGAGAUGUUUGAACCAACUCUAACUCACACCAAAGGUAUCCAAAUCUGAGUCGACACCCUUGUUUUUAUGUGAUUUUUCUUUAUAUAUUUAGCACAUUUGUAAGAUUCUUCAUUAUUCAGAUACCAUAUUUCAUCAGUUGAAAUCAUGGAGUAAUAUAAACUAUUACUUUUGGUUUUCUGAUACUACUUAAUAUUUUUCCCUUUGAUUUUAUAUGUAAUUUGAGUAAUACUCAAUAUAGAAUCAAAAAGGUGCAGAACUUCAGGGUUUACUGUUUAUAGCAAUAUUUUAUUGAUUAUAGUGAUGUGUAUAUAUUUUGUUAAAUCUUUGUUGUGUUGUGCAGUGUAAAGUUACUUGGAAAAAACAUUGAUAAGUGUGAAUUACCUAUGAUGAGUAACUGGAGGCGUAAAAUUUAUUGGUACAAGAUGCCGCAGGAACAUGUAGUGAAAGUUAAACUGGAAUAUUAGAAGAGUGUAAAAGAAACACAAGAUAGUUUUGAUAUGAUCAUGCAAAAGGAUACUGUAAGUUAGGGAUAUGAAGGGAAUGUAUAUUAAGAUAGGAUAGUAUGCUGUAACAGUACACAGAAACUCAUAAAUUUUUCAUACAUUGUGCUUUGUUCCAAACAAAUGGGUUGACACAUGAUGAAAAUUAAAUGCUCUGAAACAUAGGAUAUAUAAAUAGCAAAAAAUAAAAAUAAAAAAUAAAAUAAGAGGCAUAGCACUGUUAAUAUGAUUUAACUACUCUUUAUAAUUAUGUAAUAAUUCCUGUACUGUAAAAUUUCUGGUUGUAUAUAUAUUUUGUUGGUUGUCUGAUUUUUGGGUCUAGCAUCUCCUUACUGAUGCAUGCUUCUUUUUAACAGCACAAUAUUUGUAUUUGCUUUCCAUUUCAAAGUACUACUUAACCUUUCUUUUCCCAAAUAGCAUUUAACUUGCCUUAAAAUAUUUAGAGGUCCACGAUUCAAGUGAUAGAUGUAAGAUAUUUGAGAGACCUGUGGUAUGAACAGAAUGGAUUGUGAGAGUAACGAAAGGUUUGCCACAUGUAUUAAGGAAGAGCAAAUGAGUUAUGGGAAUGGUGAGAUGCAUCACCAAGGGAUUUUAAAGUUGUUUUAGUUAACUCGAAAUUUGCCUUUGUAACAGAUCCUAGUGUUCAAUCAUUUGUUAAUUGUUGGUUAAGAUGCUGUGUAGUGACUUUUAAGGGACAUGUUUUUGCUGUUUAUUAGUGAGUGGUUGUCAUGGGCACCAAGAAAUCAAGGAUGAGAGUGAGAUGUGAAGGAUAUGCAGGAGUGUAGCAAAUAAUCUAGUCAGCCAUAGAAACAUCCCAUUUUCUCUCAUAUUCAGGGUACACUAAAACUUACGCGCUUCUCAGAACCAGUAAUGUAAACACAAGUCACCGCUCCAAGCACUCCGUUUUCUCUUAUAUGUUUUCAGCCUCCCGUUCUCUUUCUACUGCACAGAUUUUUCGUCUUUCAUCUCUUCUUCCUCAUUUUUUAUACAUACACAUUCUGUGCACGCUUUUUGACACAUACGUUACACGUCUUUUCUAUACAUCAUAUUACUCCUUUCUUCACACAGACAUACACACACACAUUCACUCUCUUUGUUCAUAUCUUUAUGUAAAUCAUUUUUUAUGUUCAGUAUUUCUUGUGUACAUGUUCAUGGGAACGAGUCAGCCGGAGUGCGACCACUGCGGGAGGCACAGCCGCCACCCGCUAGUGCAGUACCUACUGUCCUGUCCGGCCACCGCCGCCCUCAGACCAACGCCGCCACCACCGGCCCAUCCUGUAGGCGGUGAUCUCCUCAGCAGCCGCGAGGCCAGGGCUGCCCUCAUCGUCCGCCACACGCCCACAGACCUGAUGCUGCGAGUUCUCAGGGCAGCGCCCCCGCCCCGCUGAACAGGUCGCAGCUCCUUUCCUGACCGGCGAGCAGCACUCCUCGCCGCGCCACCGCACCGCCCACCACCGGGACCCAAGACUCCCCCACCUGCGGGCUGGUGCCCGCUUUGUGUAUUAUGUACAUUCAUGUAUAUUUUUUCCUUUGUGCAAUAU